AUGGUCAGGAAGCCCAGCCUGGCCCAGGGCAGGCUCCUGGGGGGCAGUGCGAAUGGGGGGCCACCCGCCGUGGCCCUGAAGAAGAAGAUCACGCUGCUGCGGGGGGUGUCCAUCAUCAUCGGGACCAUCAUCGGCGCGGGCAUCUUCAUCUCCCCCCGGGGCGUGCUGCAGAACACGGGCAGCGUGGGCCUGUCCCUCACCGUGUGGGCGCUGUGUGGGCUGCUGUCCCUGUUUGGAGCCUUGUCUUAUGCUGAAUUGGGAACCAGUAUUAAAAAAUCUGGUGGUCAUUACACGUAUAUUCUGGAAGUCUUUGGCCCAUUACCAGCUUUUGUACGCGUCUGGGUGGAGCUCCUCAUAAUACGCCCUGCAGCCACUGCUGUGAUAUCCCUGGCUUUUGGGCACUACCUUCUGGAGCCGUUUUUUGUCCACUGUGAAAUUCCUGAACUUGCCAUCAAGCUUAUUACAGCUGUAGGCAUAACUGUAGUGAUGGUCCUAAAUAGCGUGAGUGUCAGCUGGAGUGCCCGGAUCCAGAUUUUUCUAACCUUUUGCAAGCUCACAGCAAUUCUGAUAAUUAUAGUCCCCGGAGUUAUGCAGCUAAUUAAAGGACACACACAGCACUUUAAAGACGCCUUUUCUGGAAAUGAUGCGAGUAUUGUACGUUUGCCCUUGGCAUUUUACUAUGGAAUGUAUGCUUACGCGGGCUGGUUCUAUCUCAACUUUGUUACUGAAGAAGUGGAUAAUCCUGAAAAGACCAUCCCCCUGGCCAUCUGUGUUUCCAUGGCCAUCGUCACCGUCGGCUACGUCCUGACCAACGUGGCGUACUUCACCACCAUCAGCGCCGAGGAGCUGCUGCUUUCAAAGGCUGUGGCCGUGACCUUUUCUGAGCGGCUCCUGGGGAAUUUCUCCCUCGCGGUUCCCGGGCUGGUAGCCCUCUCCUGCUUCGGCUCCAUGAACGGCGGGGUGUUUGCUGUCUCCAGGUUGUUCUAUGUGGCGUCCCGGGAGGGCCACUUGCCGGAAAUCCUCUCCAUGAUCCACGUCCGAAAGCACACCCCGCUGCCCGCCGUGAUCGUCCUGCACCCUCUGACGAUGGUGAUGCUCUUCUCCGGGGACCUCAACAGUCUUCUGAACUUCCUGAGUUUUGCCAGGUGGCUUUUUAUUGGGCUGGCUGUGGCGGGGCUGAUUUAUCUCCGAUACAAACGCCCGGAUAUGCACCGUCCUUUCAAGGUGCCGCUCUUCAUCCCGGCCUUGUUCUCCUUCACCUGCCUCUUCAUGGUCGCACUCUCGCUCUACUCCGACCCGUUCAGCACGGGCAUCGGCUUUGUCAUCACGCUGACCGGCGUCCCCGCCUACUAUCUCUUCAUUAUCUGGGACAAGAAACCCACGUGGUUCCGGACAGCAUCAGACAGAGUAACCAGAACAUUGCAGAUAAUACUGGAAGUUGUACCAGAAGAAGAUUGUCAUAAAUUAUGAAUUAUGUGAAAUCUUGGCAGUCUAUUUCCAGAUUCCAAUGGGCAAAAAUGCACUUUGGAGCUUCACUUCAUUUUCUGAAAAUUCAGGAUUGCAACUUUGGCGAUGGACAAAAGGAAUCAGUUUCUAUUUCUGUUCAAACUGGUUUCCCAGAGACUUAGUUGUGACUCCGUUAUCUGUCGCGUUCCUGUGCAAAUGAACCAUGAGUUCACAAGGUUCUGAAGUCCUUGUCACCUCCUGCCAAGGAGAGAAUGCACAAGUACUUGAGUGGUGGUUCUCUGCAUCACGUUUUCCCAUGACGAAAAGCCUUUAGAUUGAAGAUGAGGUCUUUUCUAUAUGUGAUAGUUUUUAUAAAAAUGAACAUUUGUAUAGCGUGGAUGACGCUACUGUGAAAAGUGUUUCCUACUUGUAUUGAAAAAAAAAAAACCAAGUUUAUCCUCAUGAUAACCCCAAGGUAGGGCAUUUAUUUAACAUUGACAUUGCUUUGCUUUGCUUUAGUAAUUUGGAGCACACCUACCUUUUAAUGGGUGAUGCCCAGAAUAUUUUUUGAACAAAAGACAGAGGAAACUAUGCCUGAUUUUCUUGAGAACAUGAAACAAGAGCUUGUAGGAGCUAUUCUUUAGGAGACAAAACUAGGAGAUAGUUGCAGAUACCUUGGAGAAUUAGUGAUGCUAGAAGUAUUUCCACUCAUUAUUACCAAGUCUAUGGUUUUAUGCCAUUUUGUUUUCAUUUUGGACCAUUUGAUCAGGAAAGUUAGUAACCAACCUUCUUGGAGUGAAGCAAUAGUCAGGUAGUUAAUCUCCUUAAACACCAUCAACUGUUUCACUACAUAAACCUGAAUCGUGCAAUUAAAAAUGGUCAGAGUACAACAAAAUAGAAGACAGAAAUCACCACGCUAGGAGCCUCACUAUUAUGUGGAUUUCUGUAAUCUAUCCAUAGGCUAUGUUGUAAUUCUGAACUUAAAAAAAAUGUAGCUAUUUUUACAUGCUGAUAAAUUUUGACAGUUUGUAUAUUUCCUUUAUACAUUUUAUAUUCUGUUAAAAUAUCUCUAUGGCUGAAACUGUCCAGAUCAAUUAGGAAAAGGAAUAUAUUUACAUAAAUAUUGAGGCAGAAAUGUCACUGCUAAGUAAGAUUUACUACUGAUAUUUCUAAAAGUUUUCCAUUUGUCUAGGCUUUGUCAGUAACUUCUUCACUUUAAUUAUCAUUCAACUUGCCAAAGAGAUAUCUAAUGCACACAUUCAUGCAUUUUCUCUCUUUUUUUAUUAUCAGACAGGUGGCAUUUUGCUAGGUUUAGAAAAUAGUGUGAACUUUUCAAAAGAGAGUAACAUAUAUCUAAGGUUAAAGGUUUGUUAUAGCCAGAGUUUAUGUCAUUCUUUAAUUUUUGCCCAUUUGAAAUAAUGUUUUAGAAGAAUUAUCCCGAAUAAAAUUAUUAAGAACAGAUGCUAGAGUUCAUAAACAAUU